AUGGGUGCAUCAGGAAUGGGAGAAACUCGAAUGUUUAGAAUAAGAGAAUUCGGACCUCAACAUACAUGCCUGGUGAAGGACAAGAUCUAUCCAAAGGUGCAUGCUACUAGUUUGUUGAUAGGUGGUAUUGUUAAACAAAAAUUCAAGAACCACAAAAAAAAAUACAGUGCAACAGAAAUUAGAAAUGACAUGAAGGAAGAUUUUGGUAUGGAUCUAACAUACACUUUAUAUUGGAGGGCAAAAGAAAGAGCGUUAGAAGAGUUAAGGGGUAAGCCAUCAGCAUCUUAUGGGAAACUGCUAUCAUACUUAUAUGUACUGAAUACUACUUAUCCAAAGUCACAUAUAAGAAUGAAGAAGACAGAUGAGAAUGAGUUCUUGUAUGUAUUUAUUGCUCUAAAUGCAUUCAUUAAGGGAUUCGAUCAUUGUAGACCGAUCGUAAUUGUUGAUGCUAGUCAUCUGAGAGAAAUGUAUACUGGGGCAUUUGUAACAUCAUGUACAAUGAAUGGAGCAGGUCAUAUAUUCCCUCUGGCAUAUGGUGUGAUUGAUUCUGAAAAUGAUGCAUCAUGGACGUGGUUCUUUCAGAAUCUAAAGGAAGCGUAUAGAGAAAGACAAAACAUGUGUGUUGUUUCUGAUAGGAAUCCAAGCAUCAUAAAGGUUGUUAGCGAUGUGUACAACGAUAUUUCACAUUAUGCAUGUAUGUGA